AUGAUCAAUGAUAGCAUUCCGGAGAUUGACUUUACAAACAUUUUAAGGGAUAACCCCCAUUUAGCAAAUCGAGAUAAUGCAGAAGCAAAUGAACUGGCUAGCGAGGGAACCUCGAAACAAGAUAGUAAUGCUGAAGAGACAUUGGAGGUUGUUGAAAGUGAUUUGAAUUCAAAUCCUGACCAAGAUGCUGAUGUACUAUCGAAUUGGGAACAGCACUCAGAUGUUCAGUCUGGUAUUAAUGACGAUUCUUUUGUCUCGGACCUUGGCAUACCGGAAUUUGACUAUGGAUCGUUGUUAAAGGCCAAUCCUCAUCUACAAUCUAAAGUUGCUGUUGAUUCAACGAAAGACAUACCAAAGUUGGUUUCAACCACUGAUAAUUUAUCUAGUAAAAGGAACAAGUCGCAAAUACUUGGUUCUCCCACAGCUAUCCGGGGACAUCAGAGACUAUCGAAGAAAAACAGAGAACCUCAGAUUAUUCAUUUGUUAAAAAAGGUGGAUUUAGAAACUACUACAUUUUCUAUCAUCUUACCAAUAUUUUCUCUGCUUCGUAUAUUGUUUGCUCCUCCCGAGUGGAAUUGGACACUUGUAAAAGUAUGGGCAGGGUAUUAUAUGUUAACGCAAUUAAGUCUUCAUGCUGGAUAUCACCGAUUUUUCACUCAUCAAUCCUACCAAUGUCAUAUUGCCGUUCAAUUUGUGAUGGCUAUUCUAGGUGCAUCAUGUGGCUUAGGUUCUAUUCUUCAAUUUAGCAGUCAACAUCUUGCGCAUCACCGCUAUUUGGAUACAGAAAGAGAUCCAAAUUGCCUAUCAUUAUAUGGGUGGUGGUUUGCACAGUGGGGACAUAAGUUAUUUAGGGGAAAUAGGAAAUCUGCAAGAUCAAUCAAAGAUUGUCUUAACACAUUGGAAUCUACAUCUCGUGCCUCUUAUAACAAAGAACAAAAUGCUACAGAAAUUGUCGUUUCUGCAAGUUAUCCUUUAUUAAAAUGGCAAGAACGCAACUACUAUCAGUUAUGGAUAUUAACUAAUAUAUUAAUACCUUCUCUUUUUGCGAAACUGAUAUGCAACUUGUCUUACUUCAGUUGCAUUUUUUAUUUGGGUUUAUUCCGCAUGUCUGUCGUUCAACAGCAAUGGUUACUAAUAGGUUCAUUGUGCCACUUGAAACGAUUCCCUUUUGCAUCUCAACCAUUUGAUUGUUCUAGAUCAGCAGUUAAUUUACCAUUAGGAUUUUUAGCACAAAUACUUACCUUCGGUGAAUCUAAUCACAAUUUUCAUCAUGCAUUCCCAGGAGACUAUCGUAAUGGUGCAGCAUGGUAUGGCUUUGAUCCAGCUAAGUGGGCUAUACAACUUUUGGCAUAUUUUGGUUGGGCACGUAAUCUGCACACUGUGCUAAACGAACAGAUGAAAAAAUCGAUAGUCCAACAACAUCAGAAGAUUUUGGACGAAGAAAGAUCUAAACUACUGUGGGGGAUCUCAUUUGACAGCCUUCCGGUAAUGAGUCCUGAGCAAUUUAGUGAGUUGGCACAAAAGUUAUACAAACAGGAUCGAAGGGCAUUGGUUGUUAUUGAAGACAUAGUUCACGAUGUAACACCUUUUAUACAUGAUCAUCCUGGAGGAGUAGCGUUGGUUGUCUGUGCAAUUGGUAAAGAUGCAACUCCUGCAUUCAAUGGUGCAGUAUAUGCUCAUUCAACUGCAGCACGAAAUUUAUUAGCAACUAUGCGGAUCGCCAAGUUGAGCAAGGAUGGAAGUAGUAUUCAAAGAACUUCAUGGGAGAGGCAUUUGCUAAAUGAUUCCAAGGGUCAGAAAAUCGUUCGAAGCAGCAAUCAGGCUACUUAUACAAGAAUAAACCAUUAUGCGGCAGGCGCUGCAUGA